GGCGGAAGCUCCCCGGGAGGGAGGGGCGGAGGGAGACCUUUGAGAGCCUGCCAUUGGUGAGUUUACCAAAGGCAUCUGCCAGUGGGACUUCAGUGGAAUGUGAAACCAAAUCGUUUUCAAGUUAAAGAUAGACACAGUGGAUGCCAGAAUCUGGAAGCCGGGUUUUAAAACUCCUGUCUCUCCCUAGAAUUUCGGAGUUGGUUAUGGUCUCAGGAGUAAUUAGCAAUUUGGCUAAAAUCUGUUCUUCCCAUGAGCGUGCUAGCAAUCACGGUGCGCACUAGGUGAACUGACUCGACAAGGGUUGAAAAGCAGAUGCUGUGCCUGUUCGGGAUAAACAGGAUUUAUAAGCCCUGGGGAGCACUUGAGAAGUCUUCAAAUGCCACAAUCAACUGCCAUUUCAAAGAAAACAAAAUAGAUGGUUCUGGGAAGUCCAUGCUGUUUCUUCAUUGAAUUUUAGAAUGAUUGAAGAUAGUGGGAAAAGAGGAAAUACCAUGGCAGAGAGAAGACAGCUGUUUGCAGAGAUGAGGGCUCAAGAUCUGGAUCGUAUCCGACUCUCCACCUACAGAACAGCAUGCAAGCUGAGAUUUGUGCAGAAGAAAUGCAAUUUGCACCUAGUGGACAUCUGGAACGUCAUCGAAGCAUUGCGGGAAAAUGCUCUGAAUAACCUUGACCCAAACAUAGAACUCAACGUGGCCCGCCUGGAGGCCGUGCUCUCCACCAUUUUUUACCAGCUCAACAAACGGAUGCCAACCACUCACCAGAUCCAUGUGGAGCAGUCCAUCAGUCUCCUGCUGAACUUCCUGCUCGCAGCCUUUGACCCGGAAGGCCAUGGUAAAAUCUCAGUAUUUGCUGUCAAGAUGGCGUUGGCCACGCUGUGCGGAGGGAAGAUCAUGGACAAGUUAAGAUAUAUUUUCUCAAUGAUCUCUGACUCCAGUGGAGUGAUGGUUUAUGGAAGAUAUGACCAGUUCCUUCGGGAAGUUCUCAAACUUCCCACGGCGGUCUUUGAAGGGCCUUCAUUUGGUUACACAGAACAGUCAGCCAGAUCCUGUUUCUCCCAGCAGAAAAAGGUCACAUUAAAUGGCUUCUUGGACACGCUCAUGUCAGACCCUCCUCCCCAGUGCCUGGUGUGGCUGCCUCUUCUGCAUCGACUGGCGAAUGUCGAAAAUGUCUUCCAUCCAGUUGAGUGUUCCUACUGUCACAGUGAGAGCAUGAUGGGAUUUCGCUACCGAUGCCAACAGUGUCACAACUACCAGCUUUGCCAGGACUGCUUCUGGAGGGGCCAUGCAGGAGGUUCCCACAGCAACCAGCACCAAAUGAAAGAGUACACAUCAUGGAAAUCACCUGCUAAGAAGCUGACGAACGCGCUAAGCAAGUCCCUGAGCUGUGCUUCAAGCCGCGAACCUUUGCACCCCAUGUUCCCAGAUCAGCCCGAGAAACCACUCAACCUGGCUCAUAUCGUUGAUACUUGGCCUCCGAGACCUGUAACCAGCAUGAACGACACUCUCUUCUCCCACUCUGUUCCCUCCUCAGGAAGUCCUUUCAUCACUAGGAGCUCUCCUCCCAAGGACAGUGAAGUAGAACAGAACAAAAUGCUGGCUAGGGCUGCUCCAACCUUUCUGAAGGGCAAAGGGAUACAGUACAGCCUGAAUGUGGCAGACAGGCUAGCCGAUGAACAUGUUCUCAUUGGGUUAUAUGUCAACAUGCUCCGGAGCAGCCCAUCAUGUAUGCUUGAGAGUUCAAACCGCCUUGAUGAAGAACACAGGCUGAUCGCCAGGUAUGCCGCACGCCUGGCAGCAGAAUCCUCAUCCCAGCCCACUCAGCAGAGGAAUGCUCCCGACAUCUCCUUCACCAUCGACGCAAAUAAACAACAAAGGCAGCUGAUCGCAGAGCUAGAAAACAAGAACAGAGAAAUCUUACAAGAGAUCCAGAGACUCCGGCUAGAACAUGAGCAAGCGUCUCAGCCUACACCGGAGAAGGCUCAGCAGAACCCAACCUUGCUGGCAGAACUCCGGCUGCUCAGACAGCGCAAGGACGAGCUAGAGCAGAGGAUGUCUGCUCUCCAGGAGAGCCGGAGAGAGCUAAUGGUCCAGUUGGAAGGUCUCAUGAAACUACUGAAGGAAGAAGAAUUGAAGCAGGGAGUAAUGCAUGAAACUAUGCCCCAUGAGGACAGAACAUGAAUUUUAAAAAUAGUGCCUGUAAUAUAAUAUGAUUAUGGUAUCACAAGCAAUAAAUUGUGUUUUUUACAAAACCUGAAUCCAAGUUAUCCUACCCUCUUUCUUCCUUGUGCACCCUUAAGAUUUACUGGAGGAGCUAUAAAAAUGAGCUCUCAUAAAAACAAUCUUAAGGGCGAAAGCAGCUGCCUGUAGUUGAAGUGGCAACAUGUUCGAGAGUUUCUGGUAUAGUCCCAGUUCCAACUACUGUGUGUACAGGUCUAAAGCCGAGUAUCUUAACUUUGAGUUUGCAAAAUAAAGCCUCAGUGAUUUUCUUAGCAAGAUUACAGCAGAUAGGCCUGAAUUACAGAGGCCUCUGCUUUAGCUCACAGUGGUAGGAAAACUGAGAAUGUAACCUAACCUGACCAUUUCAAACACUACGGCAAUGUGCACCUCCCAAGAUUACCGGGGAUAUUCUAAAGGACAGUGGGUGUGAAAACCUUCUGUGAAAAUGCUAUCUGAACAUCAAAUAUAUAUCUAGACAUAGACAGUCAUCUAUAAACUUUUCAAAUUUUUGAACACAUAUACCUAUUCACUUAUUUUUUUCCUAAAAAUUAACUAACAGAGUCUCAGUCUGUGGAAGAAAUGUGAACAUGACUUUCAAUUUGUUUAGAUCUCUUAUAAUUGCUUUUAACAGUAGGAAACUAUCCUUAUGCUUCAGAAGUUACAGAAACAUCCCAGUAAGAUUGCCUUGCUUCUGUUAACAUCAGAUAUGUCCCUAGAUAUACGAAUGUCUGUAGCAUUUGCUGUCAAUACAUUCCUGAGUACAUUUUCAAUAGGUGGUAGAAUGAAUGACUAAGAGUGUCAAUGCCCUGUACAUUACACAACAUACCACAAAUACUUCCUGGAGGCGUACAUUGCAUAAGAGAGGUAAUUGAUAUAGGGUACUUAAGAGUCAGGAACCAAAAUCAGGUUGUGUUUAUUUUCAGGAAUCUUUCUUUCUUUGGAUUCAUAACAAGGAUUAAUUUGAACAUUUUAAAAACCUUGGGCUCAAACUGGUCCCUAUUUGCUUGGGAGAAGAGUCUGCCAUCAUUCAAAGUUCCAUGUCUUAGUCCCAUUCAAAUGCAAUACAGAAUAUGAGCAGGCCACAAAGAGCCAACUUUCCAGCCUUGGUUUCUCCUUCCAUGAUUAGCCUUCCUUAUUCUAUUGAUGGCUUUCCCACAGAGCUGAUAAGUCCUCCACAGAAAAGUGAGGGGCAAAGUUUACCUUGAGAUGCUGUCUGCAUAGAGAAGCUAGUAUCUAGUACUCAAGAAUAUACAAUGUACUUUAUUAGACUAUCACACAUACACACACAAUCUUAUUUUUUAAAUUGUGGUUGAUUGAUUCUAGAGAAGUAGGGUAAAAAGAUCUUUUGUUCAAAACCAUUGGACACUGACCCUCUUAUUCAAGAUAUCAUCUACACUGACGGCUCCGAAGCCUGGCUCCCCCUCUUAGCUUCCUUAUUUUCUCUGCUCCCCAUAUGGAACCUGGUACUAGCUUCAGCACCAACAGUCUCUCUGCCAUGUUUCUGAUGCUCUUCACAAGUCCUAAGUCUUGCUCAAGCUUUCCCAAAACUCAGACACUCUUCUCUCCUUUCCAUACUAUCACCUUUCCUGCCCAGAUAUCUUCUCGAUAGACACCUGAGUCAAACACCUGCCUCGUUCCUGACCAUUCGGAAUCAACCAUGUCCUCAGUCACCCAUUGCAUUUUGUACACAGCAGCCCUUUCCAAAGCCCAGUAAUCAAAAUCAUGAUGAUGAUGGUGACAUUUGGUGACUUGGUGCUUCCUUGUUUUCCCAGGCUGUGGGACACAGCUAGUCAGGGUCAGGCUGCAAGAUGCAGGGCCGGGUAGUCUCCUCAGCCAGACCUUGGAGGCAGACUGUGCAGGUUCUAGUGAGAGGAUGGGUAAUGAACAGGCUGCCCUUCACCAGGGCUGGUUUAGUCCACGGUUACACAUUUGCCCCUUUCCUUGAAGCAUCCUUCCUGUAUCUCCAGAGCUCAGGAGAAACCAAAAUACUCCCUGUAAAACAUGGAAAAUUUAUGGAUCUUACCAGGCUUUUGAAAAAUUGAUGGGAAGCAGGUGGAGUGGAGUCAGAAGAUGCAUGUAGAAAUUAAUUUUUCAUUUAUUCUCUAGGAAGAGAGCUAUUUAAAUUGCCAACUGUGAUAUAUGCUUUCCUUCAUCCAUAAAUCAACCCUCCCUGGGAAUGUUGGAUCCAUAUAUUGAUCUGCAUGGACCAUUGUCUCUUAUGUCUUUCCUCCAUUAAUCACUGAGUAAUUUCUAGGGAAGAGUUUUCUCAGGGAAUUUGUGGGAAUUCACUCUAAAGUUCACAUCAGACAGCCAUGCUGGAUGGCCAGGCGACAGAAAACAUGUGAAAAUGAAACUCAGUGAUCUGUCCCAUUGCCCUUUAAGAGUGGGACAUAAGCAACACCAGAGAUGCCAUAUAGUAGGUGCUAAGUAUCAAACAAGGCAGUGUCCUGUCAUCAAGAGUUGGGGACAUGGUUACCAGGCAACCAGCAUCCUACUCUGAGAACUCUGAGUAAAAGAUGGACAUGACUUGGGAGGAACAAGUUUUAGAAAAGGUGGAGUUAAAUCUUUUUGUCAACUACAGACUCUCCCACCAAAAUUGUUUACAUAAUCAGACUACUUGAAAUUGCAGCAGCAAUGAGAUAAUCACUUGGAUAUGACUUAGGCAUGAUGGCUAUUAGCCGUUCAUACAUUGGUGUCAUUUAGAUUCAAUCAGCAAUUUUUCUCUUAACAAAUAACCACACCCAGUAAUUUUCCUCUAACAUGGAUCCACUGUUGGGAGUUUUAGAGACAGGAAACAGAAGAAGAAAGGGAAAGGUUACCUGAGGAAUGGGUACUGAGCAGGAAGAUACAGGGUUGGGAAUGUUUCAGACAUACAGACAUCUAAGAGAGCCCAGUGCACCAUAGCGGGCAGGCUCUCACACCUCCCUACAGAUAUCAGCAGAGGUAAGAGCCCCAUGAGGACUCUGUGCUGAAGAGGAUGGCACAGCCAAGAGGACUCUGGUGCAAAAUAUAAGCAGAACUGGGUGGGACAAUCCUUGCAGAGCCUGUCAAAGACUGCAAUGUGGCCAUAACCGCCACAGCUGAAGGCACUGGGUGCCACCAUGUUGCCGAAUUCUUCAUUUGUUUCGGGCUUUUGAAGAGUAACAUGAUGUAACUACGUCAGUAGUUUCGCAUCUUGUGGUCAAAUGCUCAGUGCAAUGUGUGUCUCUUAGGCUUGCUUAGAUUUCAGACUUACAAAUGAGAGCUUAUUGGCCCUGACUUCACAGCCCAAAGGCCUUCCUUGCCACCCUGGGCACCCACACCUCUCUACAACCCAACAAGGAAAAUGUGUUACCUGGCCUGCCAUGAGGCCAGGGGCACCGUGCUGUGGCCAUGGUGGAAGCUUUCGGCCUUUAGUUGCUAAAAUUUUCCAAAUUUAAUAAAAUAUGGCUAAAAGCGUGCGAUGCUUGUCACUUCCUGAAAAGACCCUGGGACGCUGU